UCAAGUUGUUUAUUAAUUUCAUUGAACAUCCUCGUGAUAAAGAGAUAAUCUAAUUUUACCAGAGGCUUCAAGUUUUUAAUAUUUUUAUAUCUGUAAUUAUUACAAAUACUUUAUUAGAUUAUGUCUAUUGAAAAUCUGAAUGAUUCCUGUUUACUCAGAAUAUUUCGUGAAAUCGAUGACAACCAAACUUUGAUUAUGUGCUCACUAGUUAACCGACGAUGGUAUUCAUUAAUUUUGCCUAGUUUGAAGAGAUUUGAGUACGGGGAGAGAAGUCAAACUGAAAGGUACGGAUUAAGAAUAAGAAACGAUGGUGAAAUCGUUGUUUUUACGAAUGAAACCGAGCCUGGCUUUUUAACGGUAAUUGGAGACAAAAUUAAACAACUUUACAUUCCAAAUAUGACAUUAGACGAGUUUAAAAAAUAUGUAAAAUAUCUACCAAGACUAGAACGAUUACAUCUGUCAAGCUGCUCUGGUUUCUCAAAGCCAAGUGAACGUUAUGAUGGACCUAAACUCGAAAGACUAGAAAUACUUGAAAUAAGAACAGAAUCAUCUGUGAGCAGUGAGCCAUACAGGGGGUUAAGUUUAAUGGAUCGAUGUCCUUCGCUGAAAAGCGCUUUCCAUUGUGUCGAUGGGGAAGAGUUUUUUGUUGACACACAAGUGACAAAUUAUCAUUUAGAGGAUUUGGUUAUUGAAAAUAGCUUUUCCACUCAUGCAGUUAAUUGGCCAACUUUACGAAAGAUUUUAAGAAAAUGUCCUAAUCUAAAGCAUUUAGCUAUAAGACAUUCGUACGACACUGAUAUUGAAGAUGAAAAUAUACCAGAAAUGCUGGAAUUGUUACCGAAAGUGGUUCUAAUCGAUUUACGAAAGUCUCCUGGUGUCACUGAUAUAUCUGCUGAUUAUGUGGACGAGUAUUGUAAACUUCACAAUCGUUCAAUAGCAUUUUAUUAUGCUAAAGAACACGAUUAUGACAUCAAAGUUGAUUGGCCACAAUUAUCAAGCAAAGUGUCUCAAAGAUGCCAUGGCUACAGCUUCAUGGUGCAUUGUUUCUUGAAAUCAUUCGGCGGAUUACCUUCAUCCAUGAACCCACCCUACUUACCUUUGCUCAAAGAUUAUGUUCGCAAAUAUAAUUCGACACCUAAAGUUGAAGAAGAAGAUUCAGUUUUAGGUAAUUUUUUCGACUAACGAUUUUAAUAUUUUGUAAGUGACUGUUAAAUUUUAAUUUUUU